CAUGGAAUUGGAUCAUAUGCAAAUUCUUCUUCGGAUAUUGGGUUUGGUACUCUAUCGACAUUUCAACCACCCGCUGUUGAUCGAUCAAACAAGCCUGCGAAGCUACGUUUGUAUGAUUAUGAAGAGGAUAAGGUUCCUGAGGAAAUGACUAUACAUGGUUACAACAAGUCAGUCUCGUGUUUAACUUCACUGAAACAUCAGGGACAAGCUUUACGAGGUUACCGCGUACAUCGCAGAUCAGGGACAAGCUUUACGAGGUUACCGCGUACAUCGCAGGUAAAGUACUCGACCAGAUACAGGGAUAUCCGAGAUCCACCAAGGGUACCCGUGAUUUUUGCUGCAGCUGGCGCAGUGCCUGCAAGGCACAUCCUUACUGUAUUCCGCUCAUUAUCUCCCGUAUCCUACAGAUACGUCCCUACGUUUCAAUAG